AUGGCAACCCCCGACAGCACAACUAGGGAGCCUAUGCGUUUAGAAUAUAGUAGCAAAUUUCUGUUUCCUGAUAAGACCUUGCAUACUUCCCCGUGUUCACUUUUGAUCUCCAUAUCCCUUAUUCUAUUUGAAAUCAUCAAUCUCAAUAUGCUUUGCAAGGCCGUUAUUCUUUACACUUUGAGCGUUGCCGUUGCGGCCUCGCCUGUUCUUCAGGAAAGGGACGAUGUCACUUGGUACAGACCUGAUCCGGCAGUCUAUGUCUGCAAGAAUCUAAACGCUUGGGAUGAAUGUGCGAAGGCAUAUUCAUACUGUUCAAUCGCCCUGAACUAUCCUCAAGAAGCCUGGUAA